AUGACGGAGCUCAGGAUCCCACAGUUCGUUCCUGCGCUGCGAUGGGGCGCCGGAUGCUCUUGCUCAUCUCUCCUGUUUUGGUCAUGCUGGGCAGCCUCAGGCGCUCAGGGGCAGGUGUUGUUUUCUGCCCAUGGAAGCCAGAAAUCCUCACAGCUCUGCUUCUUGGUACCCAACGUAGAUGAAAUGGAGUGUAACAUGACACGGCAAGCCUCAUGUGGUGAAAAAUGCAUUCCUGUGGCCUGGCUCUGCAAUGGGCAGCAAGAGUGCCCAGAUGGGUCUGAUGAACAGUGUAGAUCUGGAAUCAUCUAGGAGACAUAUAUCUGGGCAGGUCUGGAAUGGUGUCUCCAGAGAAAUUUAACUGAACAGGAAAGACCCACAGUGAAUGUAGAUGGCACCAUCCCAUGGGCUGGAAUUGCAAACUGAAUAAAAAGGAAAGAAGGAGAAAGUGAGUUGAACUUCAGCACUCAUGGCUCUCCAGUUCAUAACUGUGGAUGCACUGUGACCAGUCACCUCACACUCCAGCCACUAUGCUGUUCCUGCUAUGAUGGACUCUAUCCCUUUAUUAAACUA